AUGGAUAUGCCUUUGUCUUCCCGGAAUGGGGGCGAGUCUUCUAGGCUCGGUCAUAUUGGUCAACAAUCUGCUUAUGCCACUCCUCCAUCAUUUGGUCUCAGCUCACACUCACAACGGAUCGCAAACCAUGCUAAACAUCAACAAGCGAAUGCUGAAUAUGCAGAGCAGGCAGGAUAUGCAGAGCUCGUCACAAAGUUGCAAAUUCGUAUUGCCGUUCUCGAGAACGACCUGGCUCAUGCUACAAAAGACAAGGAUGAAGCUAUCAAGAGCUCUGUCAUCAUCGCCAGAGCAUUGGGCAGUGUUGCCAAUAAUUCGGAGUCAAUGACGAGAAACUUAAGAAAUCCUGAUGCCGAAGAGUUGGAGGAGUUGCGAGUUGUAGUGCCAAGAUUGAGAAGAGAGAAUGCGAUUCUUUGGGAACGCAUUGAGUCUCGACAGACUGAUCACAUGCCCAUCAAUGGUAGUCUCACCAACGCUGGCUUUAAAGGCAAGAACGUCGACCUAUUUUCCGUGGAUGAAAUCAACCACCAUAUCCAAUUCAAGCCACGCACCACACAUUCUAUCAUCGAUGCGGCCAUCAAGAAAAUCAGCACUCGCGAAGAAUCCAGAGACUCUCAUCACCCAGUCGACUUCAGCGAAGCAACCCACGUUCCCAACACAGUCAAUCUUGAGAGAGGUGAAGACGGUAGUUUAUCGGUUCCACCCAACUUUCCCAUUCUCCCCACCACCCAAAAGAGAAAAUCCAUUCACGACUACAACACCUCCACGCUCGAUGACGUUCUUGCAUCUGAUGAUGAAGAUGCGGAACCAGUAAUCAAAAUCGAAGAUCAACUUCUCUUUCAACAACAGGCACACGCAAAUUUCAUCAAUUUCCCUGCUCCUGCUGUCCUCAAAGCCGGUUUUGAAUUAUCUCCAGCAAAAGCCGUGAGAGGUCAUGAUUAUGCCCAUCAAAUUCAGGCUAAUCGCAAUGUCUACUAUGAUAGGUUCAAUACACGCAAUUCAAAUGCAUCAACACGUUCCCGAUCCGCCGAACUCCCCGAUUUGAGGCCAGGAACCACUAUCUGGACAACACCUCAACAGAGAGAUGGUGAGAUCAUGACACACAUGGGCGAUUGUGAUCCGAAGAAUCGUAAUAUUCCGGACUAUUUCAGAUACGGAAUCCUUUAUGUUCCUGCGUCAGGAGAUGAUGAUAUUUUAAGGGGUGUCCAUAUUGGAGGUAUUCCGGAGGACAUGGAAUUGAGAGAUGUUCUUGCGAGAGUCAGAGGUGGUAGGAUCUAUUCGGCGGUUCUGUUGGACACAAUGAAGUUGACGGGUAGUAAGUCGGCGUUGAUCACAUUUAUCAAUCAGGAGGAUGCCAAGGCUUAUGUUGAGUAUGCGAAUGCUCAUCCCAUUACGCUCAGAGCAAUGGACUUGGGUGGUGAGAAUGUAGCCCAGGCGAUUGUCACACAUAUUCACACUCCCACAUACCCUUUCUCUCCAGCAAAAUUUAGGGCGAUCUUUGAGCUCAACCGUACUCGCAUCCUUACGAUCCCCAAUUUUCCUCCAAAUAUUUCUCUUCGAACUCUGGUGUAUGAUUUGAGAAACAGAAAUGAGUUUAGGGCUAACAGUUUGCUCGAAUGGUAUAUCGAUGAUGAAGGAACUCUCAGAAUGGAGUUUUCCAGUAUGGACGGAGCUGGGAGUGCUUUUGGUCUUCUAACCAGGUCGGGUGGUUACAGAGAUUUUGGAUUGAUCUUGCAAUUCGAGAGGGAUAAUUGUGAAGGAGACUUGCAGGAAUUAUGGAAAGAACCUGAAAAGAGAAGACCCAUGUUUCCUCCAACAGAACUGGGAGUCAGGACCGACAGGCGUGAAAGUCGAGUUGAGGGAAUGGGCGAUGGUUCGAAAGUGGAUGCAGUUGUUGAUUCGGUUUUAGUGGUGCAAAGAAAGAGAUUGGCGGCGUUGCAGAGACAACACGAUGUUAUUCCCAGUUUGAGGGGUUCUGCUUUGAAGGCAGGUUCGUGGGCUGAUGAGGUCGAGGAGGAAUUGGGAGAUAGUACAUCGAUCCAAGAUUUUGGUCGUCAAGAUGAAGACACUGGCACUAUCAGACAUCAACCCCAUCGAGCACAUUCCAGUACCGGAUCUACAUCAACCCUCAUCGGAGCAUCAUCUGAUGACCCACAAAAAGAUGAAGAUCCUUCUCUCGUUACACCGAAACGCGCACCUCGUAUUAUUAGUGGGAAACAAUGGCUUCUCGAAGUGGCUGCCGCUGAAGCUUCUUCUCAGAAUUCAUCUACACCAUCAGCUAAGCCAAUUUCUGAUACACCAGCUCUCGUGCCAGACACACCUACCUCCAAUAAUUCCACACCUCGACCCCGUCUCAUCGUCUCAACCACAUCUCUUCCUCAGACUACUACCACCAAAUCUGCCUCUCCAAGCUCCGCAGAAUACAGCAUUCAUUCUUUCGCUUCCUCCGCCGUUUCCGCUGCCGGCGAUGACAAUACCUUCCUCCCAUUUUCCCAUCCUAGAAAACAAACCCAAGCUCCCCUUGCACAUAAGUUUAAACCAUCAGUUCAAUCCACCGGUCCCCGCAUCUCCGCGUUCCAACCUGGGCAACCCAGAGCAUCUCUCCCCAGUCUUCCAAUCAACCCAAUCACAUCAACAACAACUCCACCAAGCGCAAAUAUUCAAGCCCUCCAAACCUUUAAAUCCACAAUCGAAAAUGCAGAUACGAAGGUGUAUUUCGAUCUUGAUCCGGAAGCUGAUAGCGAGAAAGCAAUUUUGGAGAGCGAAGUUGAGAGUGAUCAUGAAGUACGUGGAACUUUGGAUAGAGGAGAGGUUUUGAGUGAGGGUAAGGGAAAGGGAAAGGAUAAUGCAGUGAAGAUUAAUCCGGAUGAAAUUGAUCUUGAUGGAGAAUCUGAUGUGGCGGAAGAUGAGAAUGAGGGACUUUUUCAAAAGGAACUAGUUAUUGAUGGUAAAGCUCAGGAUUAA